AUGGUACAAAUAGAAGCACAAGCAUUUAUAAAUGCGAAUUUCGACAAAAAGAACGCAAAAACAAUAACAAAUAAAGAAUUAGUAAAUAAAUUAGCAACAACAUUAGCCUCACCAGGUGGAUUAAAAGGAAAGUUAGAACUUAAAGAAUUAACUAUUAUUAAUUGUCCAAAACUGAAAAAAAUUAAUGUUAAAGAAAACAAACUUACUAAAUUGGAUAUUACUAAAGCAAAAACAGUUGGCAAUCAAGAUGAUGGCGACCCUGCUCCGGCAACUAAUUUAAAUAACUUAGUAAUAACAGGCAAUUCAGACCUUGAAGAAUUUUCAGUGGAAAAUUGUCCAGAUCUAAAAAGCGUUCUCGCUGCGGGGUGUCCUAAACUCAAAAAAGUUCCAGGAUUGGACAAGGCAAAAAAACUUGGUAAUGCUUCUUUUGAUGGAGACAUAAUGAGUUUAAUCAUUAGGGAGAAGUUAAGUAAUUUUGAAAAUAUUACAAGAGCAGUUGGAGACAUACUAGGCCUAGGUUCUGACGAAGAUCAGAUUUUAAAUGCCAUUGGUAAUCUUCCUUCUCAAGAUUUAAAGAAUAGAAUGGUGGUAGUUACCACUCCACAAUUACAAACUGCCAAAGAAAAUGCUGAAAAAGAACGUGACGCUGCCAGGGCUGAGUUAGAAAGCAUUAAAACUGAACGAGACCAAUUAAAACAACAAUUAGCAGAGGUAAAAAAUGAAUUAAAUCUGGAGGAAAAUACCACCCAGCAGCAAAUUUUAGACCAAAUUAAAGAGUUAAUGAAGAGACCAACAAGCAGUUGUUCCCAUACUGAUUAUGAUUCCAUUAAAUCUGAAAGAGAUAGUUUGCAAAGCCAAGUAAAUAACUUACAAAGUGAGAAUAACCAAUUAAAAGAUGAAAAUAAAGAGAAUGCUGGAAUGACUAAAGAGGCUCUGUUCGAAUCAACCAAAAAUCAUUUCGGAAAACUAGGAGUAAAAGUUCUUGAUGAUUCAAAAUUACAAAAUGCUGCCACCGCCCACAAUGUUGAAAAUAUUAGAAACGAAAUAAUUAGUAGUGAAUUUAAUAAAUUAAAAGACGAGAGGAAUAGCGCUCACUAUCUCAAUUUAGGUUUAGGAGCCAUAGCACUCGGCAGUUUAAUAUUUAUUGCUUGA